UCAAACACAUUUGUGUGUUGUGAUAUACUUCAUAUCUGUAUGUUUUGGUCCCUUAUGAAAGCUUGGUGCCGUUAAUAAAACUUAUGUAGCUAUUCGUUUAAAGUGAUAGUUCACUUAAAAAUUUAAAUUCUGACAUCAUUUAUUCACGUAAAUCAAAACUUGUUUAUGACUCAUUUUUGCAACAGAACAAGAAAGAUGUUUUGUUGUCUCAAUGAUGUUGUGUCCAUACAAUGGAAUGUUGUUUGGUUACAAACGUUCUUUAAAAUAUCUUCGUGUUCUGCUGAAGGAAGUAAUAGGAAUAACAUGAAGGUGAAUAAAUUCUGACAAAAAAAAUAAUUUUUGGUUGAACUCUUAUUUUUUGGGUAAUCUCUUUAGGAACAUCGGGUGAAAUACACCCUAUUUCCCUUUCUGUUUUCUUUAUUCAACCACUUGCUAUGUGGUUAAAAUCUUAGCCUUUGUUUUGUAGGCCACAGAUUAGACAUCAAGCGAUUCUUUGUGGUUUUAACCUAUGGUGAAAUUGAAAGUGUACAUAAUAACAGUUGGUCAGUGGGGGUGGGUCGGCCUUUAUAAAGCUCCACUUACUGAAGAACACUAUUAGAUUUUAGCCUUGUGUCUCUGUGGGGUUAAACCGAACUCAUAACGAUGAUAAAUGUGGAGAAGAAUGAGGAAUAUGUUCUCUCAUGCACACGUGAUGGUUUUAUUUGUGUUUCUGCAUGUGUUUGUUGCUAUUCUGAGAGCACAUGCCAUGACGAAGCUCUCUUCCUCUCUGGGGGGAUUCUUGGGGGGAACUGACUGUCUGAGGUUUUUGAGGCUAAGAGAUGCACCUGACAAGAAAACUGCGAAUGUAGAACAUAAGAGCAAGAGGAGAUCAAACCAUCUUCGUGGGCCCUAAUUUAAUACAACAGAGUCAAGCUUCUAUGUCUGAUGAACUGGAGAGUAAACUCACAGAUUUUAAAGCUCAAACUUUUAUAGAGGGAAGUGAUGUAAUUUUAAAGUGUGACAGUCCUAAAGUCAAAUGGAACGAACUCCUUUAUAUCAUUUGGAACAUCAGCCUGCAAAGCAAAAAAUGUUGGCUUGGCAUUGACUCGUCUAUUCAAAACUCCACUUGUAAUGAUGGAAAGAAGCUGCUCAACUCUUCAGAUGGAAUUUCCUUAUUCAUUCCAAAGAUUUCAAAAGAGGAUGAAGGAUCUUACUUAUGUGAUCUAUCAUAUAAAGGUGGUGGCUAUGGACAAAAAGUGAAUCUCAGUGUUCAUCACUUUACCAGCUGGCUGGAGGUUAUCAAUGGUCAAAGGGUUGCCAUCUGUCAAGCCAAAUAUGAACAAUCUAAACCCACUCUUCAAUGGAAACCCGCCUUGAACUUUUCAUCCAAUAUUAGUAAUGCCAGGAAUGGUGAUAUGUCUUUUAUUGUUGAGAAUCGAGUGUAUUUGCCGGAUAAUGUUACCAUCAGUAACCUCACCUGUGUGGCCACAUACCCCCCCAAAGCAGCGCAGCAGAUUACAAAUUUAGAAAUUAUUACCAUAGCGGUCUGUUCUAUUUGUUUUAUUCUUGUAUCUGUGGCUGUGGUUCACAUACUACACAGGAAGCUGAACAACUUAAGUGCAUUGAAAACGAUGUGUUGCCAAUCCAAAAUCUCAACACCAGCUGAAGAAAAACCACCCCAGCCGCCUGAUGUAGAAGAGGUGGAACCCUAUGCGAGUUAUAUACAACGUGUCAACUCCAUCUAUAACUCCUCAGCUGAACUCUUCAACGCCUGAGAGGCAGAGCACACAGACGCUUUAUGUGAUGACAUGAGAUUUCAGAAGAGUGAUACAUGCUGAUGAAGAAUUAGGGCAGAAAUGUGAUGCAUUGUGGUCAAAAUUACACACACGAAUAACAAUACUCGUGGAAAAAGCAGUCAUUUCGAGAGUGCAUCCCCGAAGCAAUUGGACUCUGACUGAGGAAUAAAAGUCACUGAGUCAAAUGAUGAAAUGUGAUGACAGACUAACAUUUAUCAUAUAUAGUGUUUAGGAAAGAACAAACAACUUAUGUGGCGGUGAUAUCACUAAUAUGUAAAUUUGUAGAAACUGUUUUUUUUUUGGCGUGAGUUAUUAUUUUUCAUUUGAACAAAUAUUUUUCUGUUUACCUUUGUACAGAUAUCUUUUUUUUACAGUGUUUACGUUACAAACAUGUUCAGCAAACUUUGUCUUCUUAAAAUACUAAUGUGGACCUUGCACAAGAUGAUUUUUUUUACUUUGCACACAAUUAAGUAAACAAACUUUAUAAUAACUUAA